UAUAGACUGUGUUUCUGCUGGAUCUCUCCUGAUUGCUAGGAUGUUGCCGUUUUUGGACCAUUUUCUGGACUCCCUAAAUAUGAGUCGCACAUCUUUCCGAGUUUAUAUUUUUGCUGCUGUUAUUCUCAUGUUCUGUCUUAUUAUGUGUCGAACCAUAUUUAAGAUGGCGACAUACAUUUAUGCUUACAUCAUCAAUGCCAGGCGUCUGCGUUGUUUUCCAGAGCCUCCAAGACGUAGCUGGCUUUUAGGACAUUUAGGAAUGUUCAUGCCAACAGAGGAGGGCCUUACAGAAAUAAGUAGUGCUAUCUGUAAUUUACGUAGAACUCUUCUGACAUGGCUGGGACCCAUCCCUGAAGUAUCAUUGGUUCAUCCAGACACGGUUAAACCAGUGGUUGCUGCUUCAGCUGCCAUUGCUCCUAAAGAUGAACUGUUCUAUGGUUUCCUCAGACCCUGGCUAGGGGAUGGGCUGUUGCUUAGCCGUGGGGAGAAAUGGGGGCAGCACCGACGUCUUCUGACACCUGCUUUUCACUUUGACAUCCUUAAGAACUAUGUGAAGAUAUUUAAUCAGAGCACAGAUAUCAUGCUUGCAAAGUGGAGAAGAUUGACAGCAGAGGGCCCUGUGUCUCUCGAUAUGUUUGAACAUGUCAGCCUGAUGACCUUGGAUACACUUCUUAAAUGUACUUUCAGCUAUGACAGUGACUGCCAAGAGAAGCCAAGUGAUUAUAUUUCUGCUAUUUACGAACUGAGCUCCCUAGUGGUGAAACGUGAGCACUACUUGCCCCAUCAUUUUGACUUUAUCUACAACCUCUCCUCCAAUGGAAGGAAAUUUCGACAGGCAUGCAAAACAGUACAUGAAUUUACAGCAGGAGUGGUACAGCAGAGAAAGAAGGCCUUGCAAGAGAAGGGGAUGGAGGAAUGGAUUAAGUCUAAGCAAGGCAAAACCAAAGAUUUCAUUGAUAUUCUAUUGCUGUCAAAGAAUGAAGACGGAAGCCAGCUGUCUGAUGAAGAUAUGAGGGCCGAAGUAGACACAUUUAUGUUUGAAGGUCAUGACACCACAGCGAGUGGCUUAUCAUGGAUUCUGUACAAUUUGGCUUGUCACCCUGAAUAUCAAGAGAAAUGCAGAAAAGAGAUUACUGAAUUAUUGGAAGGGAAAGACAUAAAGCAUUUGGAGUGGGAUGAAUUGUCUAAGUUGCCAUUCACUACAAUGUGCAUUAAGGAGAGUCUACGGCUUCACCCUCCUGUAGUUGCAGUUAUAAGGCGCUGUACAGAGGACAUCAAAUUACCUAAAGGUGAUAUCCUCCCCAAAGGAAACUGCUGCAUUAUCAAUAUUUUUGGAAUUCACCACAACCCUGAUGUCUGGCCUAACCCACAGGUUUAUGACCCAUAUCGCUUUGAUCCAGAGAAUCUCCAGGAAAGGUCUUCCUAUGCAUUUGUACCAUUCUCAGCUGGACCCAGGAAUUGUAUUGGACAGAAUUUUGCUAUGGCUGAGAUGAAGAUUGUAUUGGCUUUAAUCCUUUACAACUUUCAAGUGAGGCUGGAUGAAACCAAGACAGUACGCAGAAAACCUGAGCUGAUCCUACGAGCAGAAAAUGGACUCUGGUUGCAGGUGGAAGAAUUGAAACGUUAAUGUCAUGCCUGCUAAUGGUGGAACCAACUGACUUGGCAAAGUGCACAAUUUAAUAUGAAGUGUGUCAUAGCAAAGAAUAAUUUUAGUAAUUUAAUCAAUAAUAUAAAGUAAAAUGAAAGUUUAGCUUGCUAAAAUAAAACUGACUUGGGACAAGAAUGGUUGUUUGUGCUUCUACUUACCAUUCAAAUAACAGAGUUGUACAACUCCCAGCAUCACUUAAAAGCUUCACAGAGUUGUACCUUAACCACAACUGCAAUCUUUUGAGUUGGAAGCUGUAUAGAUAUUUCAUUUGAAGGAUCCAGACCCAGAUAAAAGGGACAAAUCCACUGAAAUCUGGUGUAAAAAAUGCUUCUUUGAAUGUUAUUUGUUUAAGUAAAAAUAAGAUCUUUACCAUUUUUCAUGCAUGGAAAAACCAGUUUUCUGAAAUUAAUAAAGUCAUAGAAAAA